AUGGCUUCCAUCAGCCCUGUGCAGGAGGAAGGGGACCAAGGUUCGGGCUUCACUAAGGCGGGCUUCGCCGGGGAGCUCCAGCCGCGCAUUGUGCUGAAGAGCUCAAGUCUGAUGCCAAGUUGGGACCGGCCAGUGCUGCCCGGAACACCGGGCUGCGAGCUGGCGGGCGGCGUGGCGCGUGCGCACCCUAUCAAGCACGGCGUGGUGGUGGACUGGGACGCACUGGAGGGACUGUGGGAGCGUCUAAUGGUGGGAGGCCUGCAGGUCCGCCCCGAGCAGUGGCCUGUGCUCGUGAGCGACUCGCCAUCAGCACCACCGGAGGGCCGAGAAAAGAUCGCCGAGCUGCUGUUCGAGGCCCUGACAGUGCCCGCGUGCCACAUGGCCAGCACAGCGCUGCUGGCACUCUGCUCCACCGGAGCGUUCAGUGGGCUGGCUGUGGAGGCCGGCGCAGGCGUGUGCCACGCCACACCCGUCUACGCAGGUCACUCGUGGCACAAGGCCACCUUCCGUCUGAACGUGGCAGGUAGCACCCUAUCGCGCUACUUUCGAGACCUGUUGGUGGCUGCGUGCCCUGAUCUUCAGCUGCAGGCUCUGCCCCGCAAGACCGUUACAAGGCUCAAGAAGCGCUGCUGCUAUGUGUCCCUAGAUUUCCAGGGUGAUAUCUGUGACCCUGCCCGCCACCAGAGGGCCUGCUUUUGCCUGAGCAAUGGCUGCUACGUGUACCUCGGCAGCGAGCGCUUCCGCUGCCCCGAACCCCUCUUCCAGCCAAGUCUCCUAGGCCAUCCUGAGCCAGGACUGCCCACAUUGGCCUUCCAGGCACUGCAAAAGAUUCCCUCAACACUGCGGACACGCCUGGCCAAUACGGUUGUGCUGGCUGGUGGUUCCACCCUUUUCCCGGGCUUUGUGGAGCGCAUGAACCUGGAGCUAGAGGCACAGUGCCGGAGGCAUGGGUACCCGGCCCUGCGGCCCUGUCUGGUGGCUCAGCCUGGGCGGGGCACAGCUGUGUGGACUGGAGGUUCCAUGAUGGCCUCCCUGAACUCUUUUCAGUGCCGUUGGAUGACUCGGGCCAUGUACGAGGAGUAUGGCCCUUUUCUGGUGCGAGAAGUGUUCAAUUGAGUUUUAUAUGGACGCAGAAUGGCUGG